ACUUCCGGCACGGCCCUUGGCCCAGUUUCCGGCGUCCUCAGGCAGCCGCUCUGGCGCAUUUUUCUCCGGCAAAGACACUGCGGAGCGGAGCUUCUGUGCUGACUUCUCUGCUAGCGGGGCGUUUGCCUUUGCUGAGGACGGCGUGCGGAGCCCGGGAAUGAAGGAUGGCAGCACGCCGUGCAUUAAAAGCUGUUUUGGUGGAUCUCAGUGGCACACUUCACGUUGAAGAUACAGCUGUGCCAGGCGCACAGGAAGCUCUUCAAAGGCAAGGUGCUACUUCUGUAAUGGUUAGGUUUGUGACCAAUACAACCAAAGAGAGCAAGAAAGACCUCUUGGAAAGAUUGAAAAAAUUGGAGUUUGAUAUCUCUGAAGAUGAAAUAUUCACUUCUCUGACUGCAGCCAGAAACCUGGUAGAGCAGAAGCAAGUCCGACCCAUGCUGCUGGUUGAUGAUCGGGCCCUACCUGAUUUUAAAGGAAUACAAACAAGUGAUCCUAAUGCUGUGGUCAUAGGAUUGGCACCAGACCAUUUUCAUUAUCAAAUUCUGAAUCAAGCAUUCCGGUUGCUCCUGGAUGGGGCGCCUCUGAUAGCAGUCCACAAAGCCAGGUAUUACAAGAGGCAGGACGGCUUAGCCCUGGGGCCUGGACCGUUUGUGACUGCUUUAGAGCAUGCCGCCGAUACCAAAGCCACAGUCGUGGGGAAACCAGAGAAAACGUUCUUUUUGGAGGCAUUGCGGAGCACUGGCUGUGAACCUGAGGAGGCCAUCAUGAUUGGAGAUGAUUGCAGGGAUGAUGUUGGUGGGGCUCAGAAUGUCGGCAUGCUGGGCAUCUUAGUCAAAACUGGGAAAUACCGAGCAGCAGACGAAGAAAAAAUUAAUCCAGCUCCUUACUUAACUUGUGACAGCUUCCCUCAUGCCGUGGACCACAUUCUGCAGCAUCUACUGUGAACCAUUAUGUGAAUCAAAAGCAACCUGAAACGCAGCUUUUCAUUGUCUGGCAAGAAUCCCUCAACAGCUUAAUGCCAGCAUGGACAGACAGAGACCACUCAGCCUUGGUCACCAUUUAACCCUCUUUUAUUGGGCAAUAAUUAGAAAGAAAGGUAUUGAAUUGUAGCCAGACACCAAGCCUGGCUAAUCCCUUUUAUUUCGUAAAAGAAGAUGAGAUCUGGGACUUCCCUGGUGGCACAGUGGUUGGGAAUCUGCCUGCCAGUGCAGGGGACACAGGUUCGAUCCCUGGUCUGGGAAGAUCCCACGUGCUGUGGAGUGGCUAGGCCCGUGCGCCACAACUACUGAAGCCCACACACCUAGAGCCCGUGCUCCCCAACAAGGGGGGCCACUGCAAUAAGAGGCCUGUGCACUGCAUCUAAGAGUAGCCUUUGCUCGCUGCAAUUAGAGAGAGCCUGCGUGCAGCAAGGAAGACCCACCGCAGCCAAAAAAUAAAAAAAUAAAAAAAAAAGAUGAGAUCCAAAGAAAGGGAAAGCUGAGAUUUUGUGCCAUUCCUUUUAAAAUAGUCAUCAGGUUAGCGGCGCUGGGGAAGAGUCUGCUGCAGGGAGCUUGUUCUCUGCUGUCUCCUCCCUGGUAAAUUGGAGGGGUUCAGACUCUGAAUAAAGUUGAAUGGUGUUUUUUAAGUUAUAAAGUACUGCACUGAAGAGUGCAUUAGGCUGUAGUUUUAAUACUGAGUUCAACUGUGAAAUCCAUCAGAAGUGCCAAGUGGGGUACAGGACAGAAGAAACAAAAUAAAGUGUCCUUUAGCCCAAGUGAAGGAGUGAAUUUGCUUUAACAGAUGUUGAAAACUAGAUUAGCUACUGUAUUAUUUCCAGCACGGGUGACUUCUUUUUCUCUUCGUUAGCCAGAGAUGAGUAAUUUAAAUUUAGAACCUGAUUUUAAUUUAAAAUAUUUCCAUUAAUAACCUAUUCAUUGCAGAUACCUAUUAUACUGUGUAACAGUUGUUUUGGAAAUUUUAUGUAAAAUUAAAACUAUCAGUAUUUUACAGAUGUUUUAAUUAGACAUUGUUAUUAACAGGAACAGUGCAGAGACUAACAUCAAGACUUUGAUGCUUACAGACCAUGCAUUUUUGAGGUUAGUGUCCACCCGGGUCCUGUUAACUGUACAUUUGCAAGAUUUCAUUAUUUUUGCCUCUGACACUAUGGGAAAAAUCUUUCAGGAGCUAUUGGGACAGAUUCAAGCUUUUAUGUACUUGGUUACUACGGCUGUAAAAUGAAAUCUCAUCUUGCAGCAUGGAUUCUUCUUCUCAUGUUAAACCCACCAAAAUGAAGGGGACUAAAUAGGUAAUGAUUUUCCUAGUGCAUUUGCAUACUGUGAUGAUCCUGGGCCUUUGCAAUUGUUUUACUGGGCUCUUGGGCACUGGAUUAUUAGCUUGUAAUUGUCCAUUAUCAUGGUGCUCACCUUAUUGAAGCACACAGCAGUGUUAAUGAGCUUCGGGUUUUGAUGCUUGUUUAGAGAUCAGCUUGGUCUUGGAUGGGAGGGAGCAAAGCUAAAUAAAUGGCCGCUCCCUCUCCUUCUGGUAGUUUGGUGAACACUUUUCUUGUUUUUGCAGAUGCCCCAACUUAGUCCUUACGAUCCUAGAGUGCAAAAGACAGAUGUGCUAGGGCACCACCCCCGAUCAGAAGGAGGAGUGCAGUGACUGGGGGCACAGAGCAGGGAGCCUGGCCAGCACUUCCCUUCGGUGACCUUGGGCAACUUCCCUAGCCACUCCUGCCUCCUUUCCCUUCUCUGUAAAGUGGAGAUACCCAUAGUGCCCACCACGUAGGCUUGUUGUGAGGGUUAAAUGCACAACCCGUAUAUCAAGGACUUUAAAUAGAGUCGGACGAAUGUUAGGUGUUGCCUGUUUGCGAUGAUGACACAGAUGUAGCAGGAGUAUCUGCAUUUAACAAUCUGGAAAAGGUUGGUAGAAUUCAUCUCUACAGUCAGUUCAGUGGGGAAAGUCUUCCUGAGAAUUUAAUAAAGAGACAUUCUACUACAUUUAAAUUCCUUCAGGCCGGAGUCACACAGAAAAGCCCAGCGUGCAGGCAAGAGGGGCUGCUGGGCGUGUUCACCAGUGGCCUGUUCCCCGGCACCUGGGUCAGUGAUUCCUUGGCCCAAGCGUCAUCAAGGGUUUCCUAGCUGCUGUGUGCAAAGUACCUGCUAGGAAAUAAACAUUUAAGGGAAGGAUUUUGCCUGGAGGGCCCUUACUAGGUGAGGAGCUAAGGAGAAUACCCAAGGCAGUGUGUAGACUCCGUGUCUCCCUCGUCUGUGACGUGGUCCUGACUGCAGGAUGGAUGAAGUGUUCCCUCCUUCGUGCCGUGGAGCAGUUGUUAGAUUAUACUUAGGUCUUCGAACGUCUCUUCUCCCCACCAGACAGGACUCUGUCUGUGCUACAACACAGAUGGGCACUCAGGCCGUCACCAGACAACUCAAAAUUAGCUGUAAAUAUUAUAGGAAUUGAAUGCUAGAGGGUACAGCUGUGGGUAGGGAGGAGAAAAUGUUUCAUUUUAGACUUGCUGCCCGUAGGCGAGGCCUGUUAGGCACUUAAAUGAUGGCUCUGAUGCUCUGGAGACAGGUUAGAGCUAAAGCCAAGCAGUAGACAUCACUGAUGGGUGAGUGGCAGGAGGGGGUAACCCAGCUGCGUGUAACGAGCCAGCCAAGAGAAACGGCUGCUCUACUUUCCUCCAUUCUCACUUGGCCCUCUAGGCCAUUAAAAUCUUAGUUGGCUAUUUUAUUUACUUAAUAAACAUUAUAUAGGACUUUCUAACUGACCUGUCCACGGUGUGAAGUUCGUGAGGAUAAAUAGAAAUCUUGGUUUAGGUCGAGGUUACUGUAAACAUUCCCAGCUCAGCUGGUUGGUUUGCCUCGGGCUUCAUGGAGGAGAUUUAAUAACCGAAGUACGUAAAGGACUUUAUUUUCCAGCCAUUACAUUUCAGGGGCUGUCUUGUGGUACUGACCCCAAGGAUAGUGUUUGUACCAGCUUUACUAUAAUCCUGUCCUGGCCCCAGAAAAGGGACCAAGUGACAUCUUAGGACUUGAAAGGGCAUUAGAGAAUGCCCAUUGUCAGGAGGUGGUUAUUGAGCAUCUGCUGUGAGCUGGGUGAGGAGGAGGGUGAAGGACCAGUCAGGUGGGGAGACAAGGUUGUUGCACCCACUUAACUCUCACACGUCCAGAAUCAGCUAGUUCUGCAGUGGCUCUACCUACCCACCAUUUUAUACCCCUGUCAGAGCGGAUUGUAAUGCCUGGAAAGGAGAAGGGGGCUGGCCCACCUCCCUAGUGACGGUUCCAUCAAACACCUGCUGUUGUGGAUAUCAGAAACUGCCCUGGAGUGACAAGUGUCGUCAUCUCACUCUUAACCCCACACUGAAAAAUGACAGGAGCGAGUUGGACAGGAAAGUCAAAACACACCUGCACUGAUUAUGUUCAGUUGGUUUUGGAUCAAUGGUGGUUCAUGUAGGAUGAAACUGAAGUCCUUGGGCACCUAUAAUAAAGAAUUUUUGAAACUGCACUAAUCUAUUUCAUUAAAACACUUGCCUUGGGCAGCAGAGUACUUUCGUCCUGUUAGCAGUUGUCUGCGUAGAGCCAUGUUUGCAUUAUUGAGUUUCUUUGACAUAAGUCACAAAAGCCUUUCCCGGCGUAAAUGCACAGGGCCUUUGCUGACUUUGUGUUACACCAGCCAUCAAGACCUACUACCCAAAGCAUGCUGCUGGCCUUGAGAGGCGAGGUGCCAGAGCACCAGAAAUCGUUUAUCAUAAUUCAAACCGCAUCUGUUAAAAUGAAACAGAUUUUGAUAUCUUUUUCCUGUGUUUAAUGUCAUACACAUCUCAAUGCCUGUUUGUUUCACUGGCUGAUGUGCCUGAGAAAACCAAAUAUUUAUUUAUUUUAUUUAUUUUAAAUUAUUUAUGUAUUUAUUUUUGGCUGUGUUGGGUCUUCGUUGCUGUGUGCGGGCUUUCUCUAGUUGCGGCGAGCGGGGGUUACUCUUCGUUUUGGUGCACGGGCUUCUCAUUGCAGUGGCUCCUCUUGUCGCAGAGCACGGACUCUAGACACACGGGCUUCAGUAGCUGUGGCGCACGGGCUCAGCAGUUGUGGCGCACGGGCUUAGUUGCUCCGCGGCAUGUGGGAUCUUCCCGGACCAGGGCUUGAACCCGUGUCCCCCGCUUUGGCAGGCGGAUUCUUAACCACUGCGCCACCAGGGAAGUCCCCCAAAUAUUUUUAAAUGCCCCUGGGAGUAAAUCACUAAGGAAGACAGCAGAAUGUAGCUCCAACUCCUAGAUACGUAUCUUCUAGUUGGGAAAUUGAGCUAUCUUUGGAUAGUUCUGACCUCUCCAGUUCGCCACAGUCCCCCACCUCUUCCUUGUCUUCCUUUACCCAUGUGUAACUAUGUUCCAAGUUCCUAUAGCAUUUGAGUUAUGACCUCUGCUUUAGAAGAAAAUACCACAUGUGGAAUUAAGUUCAAAUUUCCACCACCAACUAACAGGCCAAUCUCCUAUAUCCCUAUAAACUUAGAUAUACUUUUAGUCUACUUUUAAAAAAAUAACCAGAGACUCUAAACAGUAGAUUAGUCAUGUAUUAGUUGAUCUCUCUCAAAGCCCCACUAAAAGAAGAGGAAAGGAAUAAAGAUGUUAUAAACCAACAAGGACAACCCACAAGCGAAUGGUAGAGGAGACAGCAGUGGAUGACAGGGUUCAGUAAUUCGGGAGAUGGAAAGAGGAUGAUGGAGUGUUGACAACUAAAAUCAACGCAAAGAAAAAAACCAAAAUUCAUCCUGUAGAACAUCACCUCGAAGACUCAAGGCUUGCAGACACUGGGUAGAGAGGUCGUGAGGUGUGAGGCAAGGUUGAGAAGCAAGGAAUUGGUUCAAAGCUGGGAAAGUGGCUGGAGCUCCAGAAACCCUCCCCACCCUGAGCAGCCAGAUAACGCACCCCCAGCCAGGCAGGAGAGUGGGGCGUUUACGCUCUGGAGAAGUGGAACUAUGAACGUUCAGGCCUUGGAGACACUGGACACAGUGGUGGGCCAGGCUGAGAGGCAGGGCUGAAAACGGAAUUAGGUAAAUCUCUGCUUGUUCUGCAGCCAUUGUCUGGUCCCCUUCCCCUUACAACCGGGACCAGAGAGCGUGGGAAUGGAGUUGAAAGUUAAUCUGAUAUGUUUGGCCAUUUAGAAGACAAUAUUGAUGGGUAUCUGACAGAUAUGAAAAUGUUGCCCCAAAAAUUAAAUACUUAGAAAAUUAAGCAAAUGAAAAAAACGAGGCAGUUAUUAAUUCCAAGAAAGACAAAACUCAACAAGAAAGGAAAUGUAAUCCUAAUCCACUAGUUGGCUCUUCAGUAAACAAUGUACGGUGAACAAUAUCAUAAAAAUAUUGAUUAUUGAGUUAACCUAAAACUGUAGUAAAACUGUUUGGGGAUGAUUAGGGAAAGAUGUGUGUGUGGUAGGGAUGGGGCAAGGGGAUGAAAAGGCUAUAUUUCAUUUCAUCCAAAGCAGGAAGUCAUUAGAUAAUGUAUAAUACUGAUAAGCCACCAAAAUAAAGGCAUGACCUAAAAACA